ACAAAGAGAAGAUAAAAUAUGGAGUGGAUUCGUAGCAUCACUUUCCCCACUCUCUUGAUAUCUUCUCUUUGUUUCUUUUUGCUAAUAGCCAUUGCAUCUUCUGAUGAAGUUGAGGAUGAAACUGUAUUUACGUACAUAGAAGGAACUGGUAAGGGGCCAAAGGAAUGGGGGCAAUUAGACCCACAUUGGAAACUUUGUGAGACUGGAAAGUUUCAAUCUCCUAUAGACGUUCCCAAUGGAAAACUGCGAGUUGUUCCUAGUCUGGGGAAGUUGAAAAAGAACUACAAACCUGUCCCUGCUGUUCUCAAGAACCGUGGACAUGAUAUUAAGAUAAGGUGGGACGGAGAUGCUGGCAAAAUUACCGUAAACGGCACCGAUUAUAAACUGAUUCAGUGUCAUUGGCAUUCACCAUCCGAACACACAUUCAAUGGAACCAGGUAUCAGAUGGAACUCCAUAUGGUUCACAGAAGUGCCAGUGGAGAGAUGGCAGUUAUUUCAGUUUUUUAUAAAUAUGGUCGACCUGAUCCCUUCCUCACUAAGCUUUUCCACGACAUAAAAACAGUAGGAGAAGAAGAGGAAAAUUUGGGAAUUAUUAAUCCAAGGGAUAUCAAAUUUAACGGCAGAAAGUACUUCAGAUACAUUGGUUCACUUACGGUUCCUCCAUGUACUGAAGGUGUUGUUUGGACACUUAUCCAAAAGGUGAAGACAGUUUCUAAGGAACAAGUAAAGGCCCUAAGGGAUGCUGUUCACGAUGCAAGUGGAUUUGAAACAAAUAUAAGACCAACUCAACCAUUGGAUGGAAGAACAGUUUUGUUCUAUGCCCCAUAG